UGACUGCAUGAAGUCACCCACUGUUGCAUCGAGCAACCCACUGAUUGCAUGGACCCACCCACUGACUCUAUGGAGCCACCCACUGACUGCAUGAAGUCACCCACUGUUGCAUCGAGCAACCCACUGAUUGCAUGGACCCACCCACUGACUCUAUGGAGCCACCCACUGACUGCAUGGGGACACCGUGCUCUCGACCCGGCACAUCGGCAGACUUGCAGUCCCGUUCCAGUUGUCGGAUGGUCAAGGAGCGAAUAUCUGCAGGUGUCAGCUUCUUGGAGGGUAAAGAGGAUAUCAUGGAAGACUGGAGGAAAAAAUUCCUGAAUACAUAUAAGACAGGUCUAAUGUUCUGGCCAUUCAUGCAGUUACUGAACUUUGCCUUUGUGCCACUGUACGUGCGGACGGCUUUCACUGGCUGCUGCGCCUUCGUCUGGGCCACCUUCCUUUGCUUCUCACAUCAGAGCGGCGAUGGCACGGCUGCUGCUGCUCUAGCAUGGAUGUUCCCCCCUAAAGAGGAUGGAGCAGAAACCAUAGAGGAGAAAGCAGACUCUGAAGACAAGGUAGUAGCUCUCGGAGAUGGAAAGGUAGCAUCUAAAUCAGAACCUGUUGUUAUGGAAGGGCCAAAACCUGAACACUCCUCCCAACAGGAUACAGGUGGUUCAGUGGGCAGUUGUUCUGUGAUUGGUUAAUGUUGCACUAUCACUGCUGUGGUUUGAUGGUUUGAGGUCUAAGGUUCACUGGGGUUUUACUACAAAUGUUACAUAACACUGUAAGGUGCUAUG